GUCUGAGGUCCAUACCUUUUCCUAUUUCUUUCUCUAUCUUCUAAUCACGAAUCUGGUAGAAUGGACCUUGAUCACUACGAACACUGCGACAGAACACAAGAUCAUCGCAUAGAAGGCGUUAGCGAAAUAGAUCUGCUCAUUCCGCUGGAUGAGGACUCGGAAGCUCAAGAGCGAAGGCUCUUGAGGAAAUUGGAUAAGAGGAUUCUACCAAUACUAUGCCUUCUUUAUUUAUUUGCUUACCUUGAUCGGUCCAACCUGGGCAAUGCUCGAUUACAGGGUUUGCCCGGAGAUGUUCUCGGUGGAGAUCCCACUGGUGUACUAUUUGACUGGGUCAAUUCUGCCUUCUUUUUCACCUAUAUACUUUUGCAAAUUCCAUUCACGGUCCUCUCGAAGUAUUACAAUCCACGCAUUUGGAUUGGCUGCUCUGCUAUCCUCUGGGGAAUAUCUUCCACAUCAAUGGCAACCGCGCAUACUUUUACUGGCCUGAUGAUUGCUCGACUUGCGCUGGGAACUUUCGAAGCAGCCUUUGGAGGUGCUGUUGUAUUAUACUUUUCUUUCUACUAUACCAAGGCCGAGUGCGGUACUCGCAUCGCAUACUGGUUUGGGUUUGCAGCCGUCGCAGGGGCAUUUGGGGGGCUCAUCGCUUACGGGAUCCAACAUGUCAAGGUGUCGAUUGCGAACUGGAGGUUACUUUUUCUGCUCGAGGGCACACCAACAAUACUCCUGGGUUUCCUUUGUCUAUCCUUACUUCCAGACCGUCCGGAGUCCACUCACUUUCUUACUGCGGCGGAGCGUAAAAUCGCGAUUAGCCGUAUGAACAGAGGGACAAGUGGCGACUUUGGUGCAGUUGUCCGUCGAAGUCAUGUCAUCGCGGCUUUCCAGGACUGGAGGAUUUACGUAGGUGGCGUAAUUUACUUCGGCCUCAAUUGUGCCUUGGCAUCGUUGUCGGCCUUCUUGCCAACUAUCAUUGGUACCAUGGGGCAUGAAAAUGCGAUGGCUCAACUAAUGACAGUGCCGCCAUAUGCUCUAGCCGGUUUCGUGCUCAUGGUUACGUCCUACGCAUCCGAUAGGCUGCAGAUUAGAGGACCCUUACUUGUCUGUACCAGCACGAUUGGUGGUCUGGGUUAUAUGAUAAUGCUUGGCGCUACUAAUCGGCAAGACGUGCGCUAUGGCGCCACAUUUCUCAUCACUAGCGGAACCUAUUCGAGCAUCGGCUUGAUGAACGCUUGGUAUAGCCAUAAUCUCGGCUCUGAAACGAAGAGAGCCGCUGGGAUUCCGCUCUACGGUGCUAUUGGGCAAAUCGGUGGCAUCUUGGGAUCCCAUCUCUACCCUUUGACUGAGGGUCCCGCUUACACGAGCGGAUUUACUGUUUCUGCGUUCCUGCUCUUUUUGGCUGCGCUAUGUGCACUCUUGUUGAGUGUUUCCUUCCGUUUGGACAAUAUGCAGCGAGAUCAGAAGUAUGGCAAGCCAGAUCCAGAUGAUAUGGUAGAUACAUCGGAGCUCGCAGACAAGGCUCCUGCAUUCCGAUACGUUCCGUAGCAGAUACGUAAUCGCAUACCCAAUGAUCAGUCCAAAUACUAUUAUACCGUUAAGUACUGUUUCUUAUCCGAUUCACUAGGACCUUGUUUCUUCUUACUUUUUCAAGUCCUUCUGACAAUAUUUGUUUCCCCAAUCACUUCAUGUCCAUUCGUUACUACCAACAUCAAUGAAAUGGGCACCCAUCAAGUCAGAGAAUAUUCG